AUGGCUUCUACCGUUGAGACCUUGCCGUGGCUUACUUUCCUCGACAGAGAAGCAUCCAAUACUUCCGCUCAGCAGUUCGUACCAGAUGUCGCGAAUAUAUUGAAAAAUUACCUUCUCUCCGAGUCUGAGAAGAAUAAUGCUUUGGAAACCGCCAAGCAAAUUGAUAAUUAUUCAGUCCCCUCACCAUAUAUCCACCUGAGUACUGUGUACUGGAUGAUAUUCGAUACUGCGGCAGUCAUACCUUAUCAUGAUGCUACGCAGGAGAAGCUUCUGAAUCUUCUGAUUGAGAUGUUGAGGCUGCCCCGAAGAAAGUUUGAGACCGAGACUGGAGAGAUUGCUGAAGAGCGUCCUAUUUAUUAUGAAGAGUUCGUCAAUAUCUUCAAUGAGAGCUGGAAUGCGAGACAUGUGGAUGAGUUAGAUCUGGACAACAAAACCCAAGAUGAAUAUACUCAAGCAUGUAUUGAGUGGGUCAAUAUUUCCGCAUUUUUCGCUCGCUGUUACUCUGCCGGUCUGGAAAAAGAUAGUGCUUCUGCAUGCAAUUUUCCUGAAAAUGAUAUUCCCGAAGGCUUAGAGUCGAAAGACAGCUAUGUUCCCGGAAUCGACACGGACUUCAGGGUCAUGGUAGCAACACAGUAUAUUGUCAUUGCUGGGGACAAGAUCAAAGAGGUGUCAGCUAAAUUUUGGGAAGAACAUUCUGAUGCUUGGGAGAAGAAAUUAAAGGAGCUAGAGAAUUGGUACGAAAAUGGAUUCCCGGAAGUUGCCCCUCGUUUUGAGACGCCACCUGGCGAGAAAGAACUCAUCGGCACGGGAGAUCUGAGAAUGGAUGUCCUAGCAUCUGUGAAAGCUGCGAGGAAGAAGUUGAAGGAUAUGCGAGAAGGAGUCCUCGAGAAGGAGGGUAAUGUAGACUGCGCUGAAAAGAAGGAUGAAUAA